GCGAUUGUCUCCUGGAAGGUUUGUUGUUGGCAAGGACUCGGAGAAUCAUGAUACCAUCUGCUUCAAAGAAAGGGAUGAGAUGUUCAGAUUACUUUUCUUGGAACCGAACCGUGGAGAAGUAGCAAAGCCAGUGGACAAAUUUCAUCAAGACCAGCAGAGCCAAGGAACUCUACUCCUGGAGAACAUCAAGAAGAACAUGGUGAAUUUGCCUACGCAUAAAUCCGCAACAUAUGAGUCAAGUAACCUGCAAGAAAUCAGAGAGCUCUGGCUCCAGUUCCUCGAAUGUGCUGUUCUGGACUAUGGCAAAUCCAUCGUGACACUGGCGCGCUCAUAUCUUUGGGAUGAAUUUAGAAAAUGUAUGGCUGGAGAUAGAGAAGCCCUACGUCAAAAGAUCUCUGCGGAUGACAUUGAGACCACCUUUUCCAGUCACAGUGCUGUUGAUAAAGAGACAAUGAAAGAGGAAGUGCUCUAUCAAACAGCAGGAGAAACACCAACUCUUACUGCUGACCAAGAUACUCGUGACUCCCCAAGUUCAAACUCUCAUGACAUCAAUUUGGUGGAUAUUAUCCUCAGGACAUUAUGGUGCAUGGAGCCUCUCCUUGAUGAAGUUAUGAAGACAAAGCCUAUCUGCUCCAAGCAUGGCCACGGUGAACCAUGUGUCGGUGUCAUCGUUCACAAGAUCUUACACUUGUGGGAGAAGGCAGAAGAUCACCAGCAACAACUGCUCCCUCUAGCCAACACAGUGUGCAGAACCUUGGAGGAUGACAAUUGCUUUGACGAGCGGCAGGACAGAAGCAAGCGUGUAUCUGACACCACAGUAGCCAUUCUUAAUGGACUACACUUGCCAGAUGUUUGUUUACAACUUGGAAUCAUGUCUGAUACCAUGAGGCCAGAAACAGAAGCUUUUGUUUGCAAGUAUCAUUACCCUCCUGCUAUGAAGCCCAUGAGGCCAAUGGGUUGUGGUUGCAAAACAUGUUCACCUGGACAACUUAAUGCAGAUCCAAGCAAGGUCGAGCACAUAUGCAAACAGUGCAGUUCUGCUGCUCUGAAGGACCCAUACUCAGCUGUUGUCAUACAUUGCUCAAUGAAGAUGGAGGAUCAGCAAUCACUGGCGGAAAUAUGGGAUGAUACUCUUCAACCUCUGAUGACAUUUGAGUACAACCAUGGCACAAUAUUUUACGGCUUAGCCGCAAUGGUAUUACGAGGAAGGGGAAUAUUGUUUGAUAUGAAUAGCCAUGAAAAGCUGUGCAUGGUUUUCUGUUUUGAGAUGCACACACAGUAUCUUAAAACCCAACUUGGAUUCACCGAUAUAUUGAAAAGGCCGUAGAGAUGUGCUGUGUUUUUCCGUGGAAUGUUGGAAUCGCCAUGAAGUAUGAAUUGAGGAUAUUAUUCCGAAGUCACAUGAGAAUAUAUUUUAAGGCCAAGGUUAAAGGAGAAGGACAAACUUGCAGAUAUCUUCCCAUCUUAUAUGCACAUGUGCUAAUAUAUUCCUGCACAUAUCCAAGUAUAAGCCACCGGAUAUUAUUUCUUUACAGAUAUGCUAUGUGGACAAUGAGCCCGUUGGCAUUGCUCGAUGUGAAAGUGGAUGGGUUAUGUAUGAUGCACGCAGAGAAAUCAACAGGUGUGAAGUGCCCUGGGAGGAUUUGUUUGCUAUGUGCAGGGACUGCACUCCAGCAAUUCUAUUUUACGAGGUCAUCAAAUAGAUUGACUGAGGUAGUCCAGGUUGCCCUAGACCUGUUCCUGGUUCGUGCGUUCUGUACUCCUUCACCUGAAGAUUGAGAUUUGUUGAUUAUAAUGAUUUCUGAGAAUGCCCCUCUGCUCGUGCGAUGCCUGACAAGGAGGGUAAUAUGAUAAGCUGAGAUGGAGUAAACCGUGACGCGGCCUGCGUGCUGAUUGGUGGAAAACCCUCCGGGGCCACUUGUAAUGUGUGAGCAAGAGACCGAGUCGAAGCCUCCUUAGUACAGUAUUAAGAUGGGUUCUCUGUCCUGUAGCGUUCAGGUUGCCUAUAAACAUAUAAUGUACUCUGUCUCUCGUCUACCAAUCUCUGUUUCUCA